UCGCAUGGCUUCUUCUAUCGUGCGGACAUUUUCCGCAGUCACAUCUACGCAUUCUGUCUUUUUCAGUGCUAUUUUGGCGCGUCUGAAAUUUCGCAAGAGACAAUUUUGAAAAAAGAACACUAUGAUUCUGCUCGAAUUGGCAGAUUCGCUAUAUAUGGGUUUUCCUGCCACGGUCCUGUGAACCAUAUAUGGGUGCACUUCAUCGAGAGAGUUCUACCAGGCACGUCGAUGAAAACUAUUAUAAAGAAGGUGUUGAUCGGACAAGUAACAAUCAACCCAGUGUUGACUUCAGCAUUUUACGUAGGAAUUAAUCUACUGGAAGGUAAACAUGAUUUAUUUGAAGAAGUCAGAGAAAAAUUUGGAACCACUUACGCUGCCAGUUGGGUGAUUUGGCCAGUUGCAAUGUUCAUUACAUUCAGAUUGGUACCACCACACUACAGACCAGCCGCCAUUGCUAUCACUGGAUUCGCAUGGGCAAAUUUUCUCUGCUACAUGAAAACCUUUAAUAUGCACAGGACAGAUUUGAAACCAUUGGGAAGCUCAACAAAACUGAGUUCUGUUGAUGCUGAAAGAAUACUUAUACCAAAUAAAUGCAGUGCUCUGAAACAAGAACCUACAAUUUAG